GCUCACCUUUCCCCCCCCCCCUCUCUUAAUUUAAAUUAUUUUUCUGAGGAUUUUACUUUAAGGUUUACUUUCUUUCUACACUUGAUGUAAAUUGGCUGGGCCCAGAUCAGUUUCAUCAAAGAUUUUUCUGGUAGCUAGUAUAUGAAAUAUAAAUAUACACAUGAGGAAUAAUUUAUUAUAGAAAAGUGCUUCUCCAUUCAGUUUUUUUCUGGUAAGUUUAUCUUGUUUAAAUCACCUUGAGUAAGCUGCCAUAUUUUUUACAGCAUAAAAAUAAUAUAAGUAAUUUGAUAGAUUCUUUCUCCUAAUUCCUGCAACUAUAUUUGCGUCUUUUAAGUGCCCUUCCUAUUAUAACUUUAUUAUAGGUAUUUAUAUUGAAUAUAGAUUAUAAUUAUUUGUACUACAAGCAAAUAAAUCUUAAGGCCUAUAUUGCAGAAUAUAGUUCCUUAAAAUUGUUUUUACUUUUUACCAAAUAAAGGAAGCAAAAUCCUACAAGAUAAGAUAAUGACAUUUAAGCAGAAAUUAAUUUAAAAGUCAGCUAACUGGAAUUUUUUUUUUUUAACUUUUAUCUUCUAAUAAGCACUAAAUCCUAUCACCUUAUAAUUACCAAAAUAAUAAUUGUUUGGAUUCCUCCUUGGAUCAAGUUAAAAUGAGAAAGGUGUCAUAUUUGUUCUUACAAUAACUUUUUAUGAGUGUGCAUGAACCAUUUCUGCAAUUUUUUUUCCUGCUAGAAUAAUCCCUAUAAAUGAGUUUGGAAACGUUUUAAAUUUUUUAAUUUCAAAUGUAUCGGGUGAGUAUUUAGUCAUCAGUCAACAGCCAUCUGUUGGAUCAUAACAAAAUUCUGCAUCACCUGUUUUGUGGUACAUUAAACAGCAGAAGGUUGAAAAGUUAUUUUGAAAUCAUUUGUAAGCGUGAGUGGAAACUGAGGAAACACUUGAACAAUCAAUUUGACAUUGAUAAAAGAUUAUUACAAACAUAGUUCUUAUAAGUUCAUACUAAAGUGAAACCAAUGUUGAAUGAGGUUAAGAACUGUGUAAGAAAAGCCUCUGGAGUGCUAUUGGUUUCUUAUCUUCCCCCAACUAAAUGUUUAAAAAAACUAAUCAAUCUUUAGAUAAACCAUACAACUUCAGUCAAUCAAAGACACAGUUCAAGAUUUCAUGCUGUAUUUUUGAAUAAAAGGUGAUGCUCAGACAAAGCCAGCAUAGGAACACAGAUCCCUUAAAACAUAAUAUGGUUAUUAAAUGUACUUUUAUAGUUUUUAGUUCCAGCCUGAUCUAGAUGCUUGAAUUCUAAUAAACAAUUUUUAAGAAUUAAAAAUUUGAUUCCAUUGAAAUCCCAGCACCACUAUAAGUAUUUAUCAUAUUCUGAGAUGAAUAAUUUUCCAUGUGGUUCAAUUGGCAUUAAGAAUGUAGACAGGGAUGUAUCUGAUUUGGAAUCGGAUCUCAUACAUUUUAUAAGUAUUUACAUAGCUACUAAAUUCCAUCUCUUCCCAAAGUUUUUAUUAGCUACUAUUGCCAUCAUGUGUAAAAAAAAAAUCAUAUGGCAUUUUAUCACAUACUAACUCUAGCCUGGUCCUCACUUGCAACAAAAUGAGAUAACAGUGAAUUGAACUGCAGGUGAAGGAAUUUCUGGUUUUUAAUUCUAUUCCAAAUUAAAUGAAGUUGGUUACAGUAUAAUUUUUAUGGAAUACUACCUUUUUAAUACAGAGAAGUAUUGAAAAUAGAUUAUUUCUAAUCUGGGAUGUAAUCUCAUGCUGUAUGCCUAGAGUAAUUAAAAGCAUUUCUAAGUAGAUUAUAUUAGAAUUAAAUGUUUAAAGUAGGCAAAUUUCACAUUUCUAAUUGGCUCUGAGGGUUGAGCUGUAUAAUGCAGGGUUGUCAAACUGUCGGUCCACAGGCCGGGCACGUCAUUGCCGGCAAUGGUGAAAAGGCUCCGAUACGUUGUGCGAUGUCACGUGACAUCACGAGUUUGACAUGUUUGAUAUAAUGCAAGGUAAUAAUAAGAAAUUCCAAGAGAAAUUUUUUUCUCUCUAGUCUCAAAAAUAAAACAUUGCAGUGGCAGUUUUAGAGUAUUGUCUUACAUAGGUGUCAUUAACUGUCUUAGCACCUCUACAGCUACUGAUGUUUGAAACGAAAAGGAACUUGGAUUGCCAGCUGACAUAUAAACUAGCUUGAUAUGCAGAAUUUUUUAAAUCACAUUCAGGUGAUGUUAACUUGAUUCCUGCAGGUAAGCUGCUCUUCCAAUACACUGCAGAAAAAGUUAAUACAAAGUUGAAAAUACAGCAUUAUCACUAACAUUUGUGCAUAAAUUAGAUACCAUAAAUCCGAUUUUCAGUCUGACUCAAUUGGGAAUUCUAUAUUACUGUCAAGUAAACCUUCUGUCUCCCAGUAUCAGUCUUUCCAAUGUACUGGGACUGCUUUAACAAAUUUGGAAGGGUGAUAUCCAAUAAAAUGAUACGUGUAUUUACAUUAUUUCCAUGCUGCCCCAGAUACAGACUCUGAGUGACUCACUAUAAAAAUAGAGAAACACAUAAAGCAGCAUUUCAGCAUAAAAUCCAAUAAAGUUAAAAUUACAACAACUGCAUAAAUAUAUUGUAGAUGUUGAGAAAUGCCCAAGCAGGAAGGACUUACGCUGGGGGUUAGCCUUGAAUUGUUGCAGAGCCACAAAAGAACCAGAACUGACACCACUACCCUCCUCCCAGGCUCCGUAGAACUUUAUCUAUCAGUUCCCAAGAGAAGGCAAGCAAUCUGGGAAGAUUCCUGUAUAAUAGGCAGAAUGUAAUAAAGUAGUUAGCUUGAACUCUACAUGUGUGGACCUAGCUGCUUGUGCCUGACAGACAUUGUGUCUUAACAACCUACACUUUGUAAAUCUGGCAGAGAAGGAUCCCAUUCCUCAAAAAAUGGUUCAAUUAUGCUUCACCCCAAGCCAAUAGAUGACCUUUCAUAGUUGUUUCCUAUAAUGUUAACUGGAAAAGAGACAAACCCUGCGGUAUCUUAGACGGGUGGUCAGGUACUUAACCUCUCGUUCCUCCAGCAUUCCUGAUAAGGCCCCAUUUUGUUAGGAAGAAAUAGCACCAUUUUGUUUUAAAAGCAAAUAUAUAUAUAUCAGGGGUGUCAAACUGGUGGCCUGCAGGCUGGAUGUGUCAUGCGCAGGCCACGCUCACCCCGGCUCCGCAAAGGUAAAAAAACGUAUUUCAUGAUACGUCACGUGACGCAAUCAAGUUUUACACCCGUGAUAUAUAUUAUUAAACAUUGUCCAACACUGCUAGUUCAACUGAUGAUUUCAGGAAGAAGUGCAUCACAACUUCCUUACAGGUUGUUGGUAUGACUCCCCUUUUUCUAAGCAUUUACUACUCCUAAAAUGCAGUUGCCUGUUCUUUUCUCUGGUAUCUUCAAUAAACUCCCAAGGAGGCUGAGCUAACACAAUGUAAAGCUGUCCAUUUCCUUGGCUUCAACAGGUUCAAAAGAGUGCCAGGUGACUUCACAAGAGAUUGCCUCAGUCACUUCAUUGUUUUCUGCCCGUGAUGUAUCCAAUUUACAUGAGCAAUUUUAUCCAGAAAAUGCCUAGCAAACAAGUCACAGUGGCUUGUAGAUCUGCUGGUAGAUUCAAAGAUACUGUAAGAAUAUUACUUUGUUUCAUUCUAAUCCCUUCCACUCCAAGUGUCAAUGUUUUUUAUUUCUGCUUAGUUCCCUUUUCAUUUUUUCCUUUACGCUUCCAUGUUUCAUAUAUUCCUAUGUUCAUUUCUGCACAUUCUGUUCCCCCAAGAAAACAGAAAUAGCAAUGAAGUAUCCAUAAAUUAUCUAGCUUCUCACAGCCUCUUGCAUUCUGAAAAUAAUGUUCUUUGGGCUCACAUUUUCAGAAAAAGCUGAUUGCAGUUCAGCCAUUGGAAUAAAUGCUGUCUUAAGGAAAUGGCAUACUUUUUUUUUCUUUCACAUUAUAGAGUAAGAUACACCAUGCUAGGAUGGGGUUUUAGGAUGACUGUCAAGUCACUGGCAGGUGACUUGACACAGAGAACAGCGGAAAUACUUAGCUAGAAUAAUGAAAAUUGACAAGCAGCAGUUCUUCAGCUAUUCCUCUUUCUUCCCCCAAUCCUUGGUUGCCAAGAAACAGCCUGCUUUCUUCUCUCUCUCUCUCAAACCGUUCUUGAUUUAUCUCUGUCAUGGUCUCCCAAAAGUAGUUUCUUAGCUAAAAAAUCUCCCAGUGGUUGCAACUUCCCUUGUAAGGUAGAUAGAACAAUCUCCUGGUUGUUUUGACUGUUCCUUUUUGCAUUUUUAUCAGUCAUAUAGCAUUCCUUUUUAAAAAAAAUCCAGUUGUCAAAACUGAAACAAAAUACUGUACGUAAAAGGCUUGUUUCUAGCUCUAUCUAGUGGUCAUCCCACUAGAAAUAAUUCUAGUGAAUAAUGUUUUUUCUGUUAAUUGAUUGAGGAAAAGCUUUUUCGUUUUCAAGCUCUGAAAGUUCAGCUCCAACUUCCUUCAUUUUGCGUUUGCCACUGUACAACAACUCGUUGAAGAAAGGCUCCAUUUGCCCUCUCUGAUGUAUUUAUAUAAAGGCAGCGUAGAGGGAAGGAGAUUGGUUGCUCAGGCUUGCUUUCUGACCUUGGGGGUUACCAAGUCUGACAUUCCUGUGAGAUCACAUGACAAGGAUUGGCGGGCACAGCUGUCCCCAAUGGAAGGGAGGGGCUCGGGAGGGGCCAUUCCGAUUGAAUUUCACUCCAGCCACUUAGGCUCUUUCCUUCUUUCCUGGCUGUGCUUUUCUUGUCUUCCACUUUCUUUGUGACUUGGGUUGUAGAAAAGCUCUGAUAGGAUAGCAGCACCGAGGAUGCUAUUCUAGACGAUCAGGGUGGUUGCUUCAACAUUUGGGUGGGCCUUUCUUCCCAUCUCCGAUGGACAUUCCUCCAGGCUGAGCCAUCUGAGAUCCUGGUGGGCCCCCUGCUUUGGCACCAAGCAGUCCAUCCUCUUGUUUGAGCACCAACUUCACUGUCACCGUUUCUUUUAGCCCAUCUAUACAGCCACUCUGACAGGUCUGCUGCUCUUCCGACAAGUUGGUAUAUGCAGCUCCAGAGCACGAAGGCAAUGGGACAGGACCAGACAAAGCAGCAGAUAGAAAAAGGACUCCAGCUGUAUCAGUCCAGUCAGACAGAAAAGGCCCUUCAAGUCUGGCUGCGGGUUUUGGAAAAGAGCACAGAUCCAGCUGGCAGGUUUCGAGUCCUCGGUUGCCUCAUCACUGCUCACUCGGAGAUGGGCAGGUACAAAGAUAUGUUAAAGUUUGCAGUCAUGCAGAUUGACACUGCCCGAGAACUGGAGGAUCCUGACUACCUUACUGAGAGCUACCUGAAUUUGGCACGGAGCAACGAGAAGCUCUGUGAAUUCCCCAAAACUAUCUCCUAUUGUAAGACUUGCCUGAACAUGCGAGGUACAACACUGGGCCUGCAACUGAAUGGCCAAGUCAACCUCAGCAUGGGCAAUGCCUACUUUGGCCUCAGUGUCUUCCAAAAAGCUCUGGAGUGUUUUGAGAAAGCUCUACGGUACGCACACAACAAUGAUGACAAGAUGCUGGAGUGUCGCGUCUGUUGCAGUCUAGGAAAUUUCUACACACACCUCAAAGACCAUGAAAAAGCUCUGUUUUUCCCAUGCAAGGCAGCAGAGCUGGUGAAUGAUUAUGGAAAAGGCUGGAGUUUGAAGUACCGAGCCAUGAGCCAGUUCUACAUGGCUGUAGCCUAUCGGAAGCUGGGGCGCUUGCCAGAUGCUAUGGAAUGCUGUGAGGAGUCAAUGAAGAUUGCCCUUCAGCAUGGAGAUCGUCCUUUGCAAGCACAGUGCCUGCUUUGCUUUGCUGAUAUCCAUCGCAGCCGUGAAGAUGUACAGGCAGCUUUUCCCCGCUAUGAUUCCUCCAUGAGCAUCAUGACUGAGAUUGGAAACCGUCUGGGACAAGUUCAGGUGUUGCUUGGUGUAGCCAAGUGCUGGCUGAUUCAAAAGGACCUCGACAAGGCAUUAGAAAAUAUCGAGAGGGCUCAUGAGCUGGCAGAGGGACUAGGAAACAAACUCUGCCUGCUGAAAGUUCAUUGCCUGUGUGAAGGGAUCUAUCGCACAAAGGGUCAGCAGAGGGAACUUCGUAAUCAUGUGGUGAAGUUCCAUGAAUGUGUUGAAGAAAUGGAACUCUACUGUGGCAUGUGUGGUGAAUCCAUUGGUGACAGAAACCACCAGCUCCAGGCAUUGCCCUGCUCCCAUGUCUUCCAUUUAAAGUGCCUGCAGACUAACGGAACACGAGGUUGCCCCAACUGCCGGCGUUCAUCAGUUAAACCAGGGUUUGUGUGAACUGCUGAUGAAUUGAUGACUUAAGAAAAUUCAUCCAUUAGGUGUGAAAAGACAGAGCACUGGAGCAGUUCUGUUACAGGAUCUAGAGAUGAAACCCAUCAUAUAGAUACAAAAUCUCCUGCAGGAUUGAUGGAAAAUGCACACCUAGAUCUUUGUCAUCUCCUUUCACACAUCUGAGUUGUGAACCUCUUCCAGGAAUUCUGUAUCAUCUCCUCUUUCAAAGCCAGCUAGAAUAAGCCACCUUUGCUCCUUCAACAACUUGUUAGCUUGAUCUUCCACAAUCUCAAUUUGAUUUUGAUUUUAAUUUUAAUUUUCUGCUUCUUUUGCUAGCUUCCUUCAGGGCCAACUCUGACACUCAUACUUCACUUCAGAGGUUGUGGGAGCUUCAUCAUUGGAAGCUUUUAAGAAGAGAUUGGAUUGCCAUCUGUCAGAAAUGGUGUAGGGUCUCCUACUUGGGCGGAAGGUUGGACUAGAUGACCUACAAGGUCCCUUCCAACUAUUCUAUUCUAAUCUAUUUCUUUUCUAUUCUAUUCUAUUCAUUCCUCAUGGGAAGCAUACUGAUCCUACCUACAUAAUGCUUCUUGAACUGGCACAGUAUUACUUUCUUGUAGGUAUAGUGACAGCUACUCUUUUCCAGACAUUGCUUGAAGUUACUUCGACUUAACAUUCUGACUGAUAUUUUUCGUAAUUUAUAUUGGUACCUAACAGCUGUUUAUGGUUUAAAACAACUAAGCCAUUCAUAAUGCGUCUUUUUCCAUUUCCAAAGAACUUUUCUCAACUUGAUGCUUUUCAAAUGAUUUCCAGAAUUUUUAGGUAACAAAUUUUGCGAUUCAAAGUCCAAUUGUCUGGAAGGAGUCAGAUUGGUUAACUAAUAUGUCAGAGUUAAGAGACUGCCUCUCAGCAAUGUAAUUAUUUCAGUAUGUCUCUGUUUUCAUUGUACAGCUGUAUCCUUCAGGUUCUUCUUGAAGUAUCUGAUAUCUUUAGUUUGCUUACAUUCUCACAGAACAUUCAAUUUCUGCAUGGGACUAGGGGGGGGAAGCCUUACAAUGUCCCAGGGAAUGUUUCUUGCCUUGUAUUCCUUUGCCAUCAUCUUGUAAUGUUAUAUGGGCAGUGAUUGGUCCAAUCAUGGAAUUGUCAGCAAUGUAUUUAUACUUUCUGUAAACUGUUUAUACUGGAAUAAAUAAAAUCGCAGCCUGUAAGUCA